UGGUCUAUUACUCAAUUCUUCACAUUCCAUUUGUUUUGGCUUUGAGAAGGUAGAUUUGGUUUUUAUCCUGGACUCCUCAACGAGUGUCAGUCAAAGUAACUUCCAGAAAAUGCUGGAUUUCUGUAAAGAUUUCCUGAAAGAGUUUGACAUCGAUUCUGGGACUGUUCGAGUAGGAAUUCUAAGCUACAGUACAAUAGUGCAUGAUCACUUCUUUUUGAACUCCUAUAACACUUCUACAGGCAUGUUCAAUGCUAUUGACACAAUCAGUUGGAUUUUUGGAAGUACCAACACAGCUGACGCAAUCAGAGAUAUGAGAGAGAAAUAUUUCUCAUUCGCCAAUGGCGAUAGAUGGGACGCUCGAAACAUUGCUGUUAUUCUGACCGAUGGUGUUUCUAAUAUCAAUGCAAACAGAUUGCAAGAUGAAGCAAGACAGGCAAGGAACGAGGGCAUACAUAUCUAUGCGAUAGGAAUUGGGCUGAGUGAUGUAACUGAAUUAAAUCAAAUAGCGUCCGUUCCUGCCUCCGAAAACACCUUUAUUGUAAAUAACUUUGAUGAACUGAAAGACUUGGAUGAGCGGAUCAUUAGAUCUCUAUGUCCUGUAUCAUCACCUAUGCCCACCAGAACUACGACCACAACCACCACCAGAAAACACAACACAGCUAAACCACGAACAACCACAAAAACUCUGACGACUCCAACAACAACAGUUCUUGAAACAGAAUAUCAUUAUUUUCCAUUUACAACAACCAUAACAACCACAACUUCCCCACCACGUGGUUCCGGAUAUGAUGUUGUCAUCAUGAUGGAUUCCUCAGUUCCAGAGAAAACGUUCGACGCCAUGAAAAAAUAUGCCAAGUCUCUGGUCAAUAGAUUCGACAUCGACAACAAAGAAUACGCUGUGGGCCUUAUGAGAUAUGGAGAAUCAAACGAUAUGCAAUGGAAUUUAAAUAACUACACUUCAAAAAAAGAAAUUAUUUCUGCUGUUGAUAGAGUGGGUCAUAAAAGAGGAACGUCAUCUGAUGCAGCAAGUGCCAUCCACAUGGUACGACUAAGAAUGUUCAACAAAAGAAAUGGCGAUCGAGCCUUCGCUCGAAAUCUCAUUUUCUUAAUGACAGCAAAUGAGAGGAGUGAUGAUAUGUAUGCCACAUGGAAUGAAGCAGAAGAGGCAGAAAAAGAAAAUAUUAACUUGUACACGGUUGGUUUCGACUUAGACGAUACAACGGAAAUUGAUGAGACUUCAACCCACCCACCCUAUAUUUAUCGUCAUCUGAUAAAUACAGAGGAGGGUGAUGAUGCUAUAGACAAUUCCACAGCAGAAAUUGUCUAUUUAAUGGAUGAAGAUGUAUUACCAUCAAGAACGAGACCGAAACCUACAACCACCAUUACCACAAUGAUGUCAACGUCAACAAAAAUACAAAAGAAGCUUCCAAGGAAUACAGGGACCGCACUGAUGGCCGUUGUGUCUACUUUUCUUGUGCUUAGUGGCCUAGUUUUUGGUGUCGCCGUGUUUUUGUUCCACAGAACCCUAAAACAACAGAGUGUUGAUAGGAACCAACUUCUCGAGAAACAUGCAUUGAAUGAAUUGGGAGAAACCAACCACACUGCAGACCUGCGUGUAGAAGUGCCUUCUGAAAAUAAUAAGGAUGGUCUUCAUUCUAAUAAUAAAUGAAAGGAAAGUGUAGACAUAGAAAAACAACAACGUAAACAACCUGGAAUCCCCUCCAAAGUCUCAUUAAAGUACAUGUAUUUGAAAAAGACCUAAAUCCAUAUU